AUGACGCGGCUCGAGGGCUACGAGCAGAUCAUCGGCGGCGACGACCUCGCGAUCCGCGCGGCCCGCGCCGUCGCCGGCAGCGUCCUGCUCCUCUGCCUGUCCGUCGGGCUGCUCAGCGCCGCGCCGACGGAGUUCCUCUGGAGCGGCGCCCCGAGCCUGUCCGCCGUCGACUUCGCCGCCUUCCUCGACGUCGUCAACGCCAGGCGGCCCUACGCGAACGCGAGCGAGUGGCGCGUCGGCAAGGUCGCGCACGCGAUACACGCGAACUCCGGAGGGCAGAUCCAAAAGUUCCUCAGCGCCUACGUCUGCUCCGAGGCCGGCGACUGCGCGAGCGACCUCGGCUGCGGCGCGCUCAGGGCCAUGUGCUCCGUGCGCGUGCCCUGGGACGGCGCGUCGAGCGACGACGACGUCGCGGACGCGGAUCGCCGCGGCGCCGUGAACACGGGCUCGUCGACGGCCGGGCUGCACUUCGUCGACGCGCCGCGCCUCAACGACCUCAACUACCCCAACGCGACGUCGCCGAAGAGCGUCGACUUUUGGGUACGCUACUUUGAAAAGCAGCACACCUCCGAUUUCGACGUCUGGAUGCACUCGAAGAUCCAGCUCUUCGCGUCCAAUUUAUCGGCCUUCGUCGGCCCGCUCGCAGACCUGCCGACCUUCGAGCGCGUCUCCGUGGACCCGGACGGCGUGCGCGUCGCCCACGUCGGCGUGGCCGUCGCCGGCCGCGUGGUCGAGUUCGUGGGACCCGCGUCUUCCCUCGGCGAGUCCUGGACCGCGCCGGCCUGGGCCGAGGCCGAGUGCCCCGCGGCGCACGCCCUCGUCUCGUCGCUCGCGGAGCUCGAGGACGCGGGCGGCGCCGCCGUCGACGACGCGACGGCGUUCAAAGGGUCCCAGGGCCUCUCGCUCGUCGGGUUAGGCGUCGUCUCCGCGGACCCGACGGCGUCCUCCGCCCGCCCGCUCUACGAGUCGCUCCGCACGGUCUCCGCUGCUGACAUUGCGCUCCUCCCCUCGGCGCCGUCCUGCGCCGUCGUCGAGGUCGCCUGGCCGAGCAUGCCCCACUUUUCCGCGCGAUUCGUGUCGAACGACGCGGCGCCGGCGGGCGAGUACGCCGUCGCGGACCUCGAGGGCGCCAUCCAGGCGGACCACGACGCCUUCCUCACGGGGAGGAGGGGGUCCUGGGACCGCUGGCUCGACCAGCACCUCGGGCUGUGGUACGCCGGCGGCGAGGAGAAGUGCGACGCGCUGAUCUCGGAUCUGCACGCGGAUCUCGAGGCCGCUGGGGUUCCCUUUGCGGAGCGGCAGCAGGCCGACGCGCUGCUCAUCUACGCGGGUUUUGGGUACGGCGCGGGCGCCCUCGCCGUCGAGUACCAGUUCGCGGACUGCACCGCCGACGCGCCUUCGGAAUGCGCGUGCGACGCGUCCAACAACGACGGCCUCUUCGAGGCGACGACGGGCGACACGUGCUGGGCCCUCGGGGACGACUGGUGCGCGUAA